ACCUACUUCAUAUCUGAUAACCAGAAAAGGCGCGUAGCAAAAGAAAUAAGCAGUUCUUCUGGGGAGAAGACAUUUGUUACUGUGUCAGCGACCUGGCAAAAUUUUCCAUCAGCCGAAUCUUCUGAUACUUUUAUCGCCCGCAAGUGUCAUCAAGCUGCUGAGUGGAGCAAGAUGGCCCUUACCCUGCUACUGUUGAUAAUUGUAAGUUCAAAAUUCUUAGAUGCAAGUUCUCAAGAUGGCAAAGCCAAAGGAGAAGUGUCGAUCUUGGGUAUGACGCUCCAAGGACAUAUCUUCAAAAAGGUCACAAAAGCGGCUCUCGGUGAUAUGUGUUUACGGGAAUGUUACCAAGACAUCAGAUGCCAGAGUUUUAACUACGUCUUUACCGAAGACAUUUGCGAGUUGAGCAACCGUACUAAGGAAGCCAGACCAGAGGAUUUUGUACCAAACUCUGAACGAUACUAUUUUAAAAAAGACAUGAAGAGAGUGCCUCUCGGAUCCGUUCCAGAACUUCCGGCUGAAACGUGUAAAGAGAUUAAGACAAGUGAAGGAGGACAAGCGGUCAGUGCGAGAUACUGGAUUUCCUCCAUCAUACCUGAAAAGAUUGUAUUCGCUUACUGCGGCAUGAAAACAGAAGAUGUCGACGAAUGCAGCUCUUCCAUCCCCGUCUGUGAUCCAAAUGCCAAUUGUCAGAAUACUGAAGGCUCAUUUCGUUGUCAGUGUAUGCCUGGAUUCUCUGGUGACAGGAAAUCUUGCACCGUAUCUGGACAGUCGUUUGUGACAGUUACAAGUUCUUGCGCAAGCCUUUUGACCAUAGAAACAAGAACAGCGGGUCUAAUAUACUCAAAUUAUAAUGGAACUUACUUGGACCACAUGAAUUGCAACUGGACUAUUUCUUCAAAUGCAAAACUGGAACUUGCAUUCAUAAGAUUCCAAACUGAGUCUGGUUAUGACUUUGUUAAGGUGUACGAUGGCCCAACAUCUUCCUCCACACUGAUUGGCGAGUAUGAUGGAGACUCUUUGCCUAGAAACAUUACAAGCUCUUCUCAUGAGCUCUUUAUUACUUUCACAACUGACGGUUCAGUUAUAAAACCAGGGUUCCUAGCGCACUAUCAUAUAUCUGGUCAGCCAUUUGCGACUGUUUCGAGUUCAUGUGCGGACAAGUUGACAGUUCGAUCAAGUUCAAGUGGAAUAAUAUUUUCAAACAGAGAUGGUGCCUACGCUCAUGAUGUGAACUGCAGUUGGAGUAUAUUUUCUAGUACUAAUGUGGAACUAGCAUUUUUCAGAUUCGAUACUGAAGAAAAUCACGACUAUAUCUACGUGUACGAUGGCGGAUCUAUGAUGUCCUCUUUAAUAGGCAAAUACCACGGAAACUCCUUGCCAGCGGUCAUCACAAGCUCAUCCAAUCAGCUUUAUGUUACCUUUAGCAGUGACACCAAAGUUUCAAGUACUGGGUUUGCGGCAAGUUAUCAUGCUUAUAACACAAUUCGCCUUGUUGGAGGAAACACGACACUGACUGGGAGGGUAGAAGUUUACCAUGGCGGCCAAUGGGGAACAAUCUGUGAAGACGGCUGGGACAUCAACGACGCUCAAGUGAUUUGUAGACAGCUUGGCUUUCCUUCAGCCACUCAAGCCUUUCAUAGCGCCAAGCAUGGUCAAGGGUCUGGUCAGAUAUGGAUUGAUAGUCUGGACUGCUCAGGAUAUGAGUUACGCAUCGACGAGUGCAACCAUGAUGGAUGGGGAAAUCAUGAUUGUGGACACAACGAAGACGCCAGUGUAGAAUGCUCCUCCACAAUCCCUUGAUCGGGUUAACGUUAUGGCAAUCACCUGUUUAAAUCACUCACCCCCGAAAGUAACGAAUGGAAG